CCUAACGCUGCAGUUAGUCAGCAGUGCCGCGCGAAAGGGACAGCGCGUUGGAACCCAGCUCAGCGGGAUCAGAAUUAGAAUGCUAGAAUAUGGAUCUCAUUGGGAAAUCGGUGGAAAAACACAUCUUGAAAAGGGAUUAACUAGCAAGAAUCCCAACGAGGCGAUAGAAAAUAAAAACAUUCUUGUUUUUUUUCUUUUCACAUAUUAGGUCUCGUACCCUAUUCUAGCACUAAGUACCUGGGGAUGAUGGGUACUGAAGCCUGCACUCUGCAGAGCAUUUCGUCUCAAGGGGUUGCUCUGGUGGCUUCUCAGUGACAAGCCCUGCUGACACUCGAGCAGAAGAUGGAGGAAGCAACGGAGCUGAGGACCGAUGGGAACUCCCUUUUAAAAGCAGUGUGGCUGCGGAGGCUAAGGCUUACCAGGCUGCUAUUAGAAGGUGGUGCGUACAUUAACGAAAGCAACGAACGAGGAGAAACCCCUCUUAUGAUAGCCUGCAUGACUAAACAUGAGGAUCAACAAAGUGUAAGCAAAGCCAAAAUGGUUAAGUACCUGCUGGAGAACAAAGGGGAUCCAAAUAUCCAGGACAAAGCGGGCAAAAGUGCACUAAUGCACGCCUGUAGCGAGAGAGCCGGCCAGGAGGUGGUGUCUUUGUUACUGGAGAAUGGAGCGGAUCCCAGUCUGGAAGACCACUCUGGAGCUUCAGCUCUUGUGUACGCCAUCAAUGCCAAUGACAAAGCAACUCUGAAACACCUGCUUGAUGCUUGCAAGGCUAAAGGCAAAGAAGUUAUUAUCAUAACCACUGACAAGUCACCAUCAGGGACAAAAACCACCAAGCAAUACCUUAAUGUCCCACCAUCGCCGGAAGUGGAGGACAGAUAUUCGCCAAUGAUGUGCAUGUCUCCCUCCGACAUCGAACUGAAAACAUCCCCAUCUCCAAACAAUGACAAAGAACAUGAAAGCAUCUUCAUCUUCCAGACCAAAAGACCUAGCAUUAAUACUGCCACCGCUAUUGCCAAACCACACAACGAACCAGGCUCUCCCACUAGAAAGCCAUGCAACCCCAAGCGGGCCAGGCUGCCCCAGUUGAAACGACUCCAGUCUGAGCCCUGGGGUUUGAUUGCACCCUCUGUUUUAGCUGCUGCUGCUGCUGCUGCACAUGCGGAAGAUUCCAAGCGAACCACGUCGGAGGAGGAGGUCAUUUCAGGCAUCAAUGGGCUGUCACUUCCCAAACGGCCACCUUUAUCGCGACACGACAGCUUCGAAUGCAAGGAAGGGGGGCCCACUUUCCCAUCGGUAGGUGAUCAGUUUUCUAAGAUGACGUCCACGCUGUCAGCCCCUGCCUCCAGAAAGACAUCUAAUGAGAAAUCUCAUUCCCAGCACCAGCCCUUGGCUAGAAGGAGCACCAUACCCGCUGAUCAAGAUAAUGUAAGCAUUUCUGUUUCGGGCCCAGCCAGCCUGCGUGAUAUGGUCUACAGAAGAAGACUGGGUAACGACCAUUACGACUCCGACUCCCAGUUAUAUUCGGACUCUGGGUCGGUGUCCUUCGAUUCGGGGAAAGCUCCUUUGGAGAGGAGAAAGCACAACACCUCACCUUUAACUCUGCUGACAAGUUCCCGGGAGUCGCUGGACAGCAUCCCCAGCGCUUCUCCUGGGGCUGUGCGUCGCAGGGCGCCCGGGCUUUUGGAAAGAAGAGGCUCAGGAACUCUUCUGCUGGACCACAUUUCCCAUACCCGACCGGGCUGCCUACCCCCUUUAAAUGUCAACCCCCACCCCCCCAUUCCAGACAUUGGCACAUGUAGCAAGCCUUCAUCCCCGCUUACUACCUGCAUCCGGUCCAUAGUACCAGUAGCACCCAGUUCACCUAUGAGAUCGGACCUCAAGUCCAAAAAGAAACUUGUGAGAAGACAUUCUAUGCAAGUGGAACAAAUGAAGCAGCUUACAGAUCUGAGCACUCAGUGAAAGUGCCCACACCUUUUCUAUAUCACACAGCCUCGUGCUGCCCUCUUUAACACCAAAGGGCCAUAUUUUGAAGCAGGUGCAAAGGCACACCCGAGAUGGAUAAAAACAAUUGUAGCAGCAUAAAAGUAGCAACAAACAACCCAGCAACAGGAAGGAGUCGUUCUGGAGUGUUUGGGCUGUUAUGUUCUUCCUCUCUGAAAACGUCCUAGUUUAUGCCUCUGCACGCACUUCAAAACAGGGCCCCAAGUGUGAUGGGCCUGUCAGUGUGUCAGCAGAAUUAUUUGGGUCAUUAGUACUCAUGUUCUACCAUCGAUCAUGACGUUUAAGAUUUAGAAAAUGUCUUGCAUUACCUGGGAACAAAAUGGUCUAGCCUCAUGUAACAGGAGAGCGUCAAUAAUGAGACUCAGAGGCAAGAAAGCUGCCAUUUAAAGAGCCGGAUCGCAGGUUUAUUAACAAAAUAAAAACCCAGCAAACACAGGAACAAAGCAACUGGCACAAAGGCCAAAAGAAAAGGGUCACACACAACGAAAAAGGCUGGGCAUUCGCCUUCACUGACCAUUUCCUCCGUAGCACAGUGUAGACACAACUCACCAGCCCUCCUCUCAAACACCAGCCUGUGACAAGGCAUUUCUCCUCCCUUAUAUCCCAUGUGGCUGGAGCCUAAUUAACCAUCAAGCAUUCAAUUAGGGCUCCAGCCACAUUCUCAUGUAUUCUGGCAGGGAGGAUUUUAACCCCCUCCCUAUAUACACACACACUAUUUACAUGUAGGGCUUUCAGCCUGCUCCCACUUAUGAAUUCAAGUGUCUCCAAUCCUGGUCCUCGAGGGCCGGUGCCCCUCCUGGCUUUUGUUCCAACUGUACCCUACAUUACUUAAUUGGACCAAUUAAGUUCUUAUUAGAAGCUUAAUUAGUCCAAUUAAUUAAUUUAGUGUACAGUAAGAACAAAAACCAGGAAGAAGAUUGGAGAGCCCUGUUAUAAAUGGAAGACUUGCAGGAAUGCAACAGCAUACCCCUAUCUGGAUACCAGAAAGUCUCUAAUCUCUCUGUGUAUAUAAAGUGCCAUCUACAGUACAUUACAAAGACCUCACAGGA